UUAUUCAGGGAUGUAAACUGUUGGAAAUCAACUAUAAUCCUUCACAUAAAUAGCUGCCUUUGGACGCCUUUUUCAGUAUAGGACAGAUUUUUAUUUGGUCCAUAAAAGAAUUCAUGAUCCUGUAGUGUGUGAUGUGAAUAGUUGUGCAAUGAACCAAAGACCAUCCUGGUUAUUUUAUAAGACAGAUAAUGGCAUCCCACAGCUUCUCUCUAAAGCUUUGAACCAAGAACAGUUCAAAGAAGUUCCAGAAACCCAUAGAAAUGAUCAAUGGAACUUGUAUUGGAGGGGAAGUGGAUUUACACUAUCAGAUUAUAAAAAUGUAAAAACCUGGCAGAUAUUAAAUCACUUCCCAAAGGGUAACACUAUCACAAGGAAAGAUUCACUAGCUCGAUGCUUGAAGAGAAUGCGGAUGGUUCAUGGGACAAUAUUUAACUUCUUUCCUGUUUCAUUCAACCUUCCAAACGACUAUACAAAGUUCCUAUCAUAUUUUUCUAAAAUUCAAAGCAAAAAAGGAAAACAGGUUUGGAUUUGCAAACCAUCAGAUUUGUCUAGAGGCCGAGGUAUAUUCCUAUUUGAUAACAUCAGCGAUUUGCUCUACGAUGGAUCAACAGUGGUCCAGCGAUACAUAGAGGACCCUUAUCUCAUAGGAGGAUAUAAGUUCGACUUGCGACUAUAUGCAGUGGUGACAAGUUAUCACCCCCUGAGAAUAUACCUGCACCAGGACGGACUGGUCCGGUUCAGUACUGAGAAAUAUGCUGGAAGUGUCAUUCACAACAAGUUUGCUCACCUCACCAACACCUCUAUCAAUAGAAACGGCCCCAAUUACAACGUGGAAAAGGAACGAGUUGGUGCUGGGUGCAAGUGGAGUAUUUCUCAACUGCGAGCUUAUUUUCAACAGUGUAGUGUGGAUGACAGGCUGGCCUGGGAGCGAAUCAAACACAUGAUCUCACUGACCAUACUGAUGCAGGCCAAUUCCAUACCAGAAUCUGCUAAGCAAUGUAUCGAACUGUAUGGUUUCGACAUUAUACUUGACAAAAAACUUAAACCGUGGCUCUUAGAGGUAAAUUUCACUCCAGCACUUGGGAAUGACUGUUCGGCUGAUGUAGCCGUGAAGUUGCCAAUGUUGGUUGACUUGUUGACCCUAGCAAAACAGAAGAUAACACUUCCCCGGCCAGUUACUGAUCACCGCAGAAAAAAUAACAAUCUAUCCAGACAAGCUGUUAUCUUGAAAGAGGAGCAGAAUUUACUGGAGCUACUUAUCCGGCAAACCAAAGAACUCUCAGUUCUGCGACGUGACAAAGCAGAUCAAAGCAAAAUGAUGAAAAGCAUUGCUCGUCACGAGAAACUCCGCAAAAAAUGCAGAAUGUUGUUUGAAAAGAAAUCCCAGGAUCAGGAACAAGAGUUGUUUACUCGAAGGCGGUUGCCACCAAUAGAUCCAGAGGAGAGACAAGAGGAUUUAAACCACUUUGACGACGUCUUCAGAAACAGAUUUAUAAUGGAUCCUGCGGAGACAGAGCGAAUGAAGGCUAUAGAGAGACGGGUUACUAAAAUACCUGACAUUAAGAAAACUGGCUCUAUCAUAGAUCAAAACUCCAAGUCCCACACAGAGACGGACUCAGUUAUUUCCAAUAGAUGCUCAACUGUUUCCUCUAUAAGAUCACAGAGAGCUCAAAUUCGUUCCCAUAGCAGCAGCUCCUUCAGAAACAACAUUGCGUCUUAUCCGCAAGUUGCGAACUCGGAAUAUAAAGUCGGGGGUUUCUUCCUGACUUUCCCCAUCAGCAAUAACACUCAAACUUACAGCAAGGGAGCAACGGACAUUGCCAAAUCUGUGACAGAGAUCAGGAACUCUCUUAGGAUAUCGGAGACGAACUUUAAGUUCAUGCCAGCGGAAAAUCGGCAGUUGCAUGAACGGACAACGGUCAAUUGGAACGUUAUGUCAGGUUUCAAACAAACUUAGCAUGAAUAAUGAAUAUUGUGUUUUUAGUGUCUUUUGCUAUGCCUAUAAUAUUAUCUUGUAUAAAGUUCAUUCGGCUAGUUUUAUCAUGGGUUUGUUUUAUUUUGCUUGUAGUGGUAUCCGUAUUUGGUGCCGGUGUUUCAUAGAUAGUUUUCUUAAUAUUCACCAAUUUCUAAGAUUUGCGUCAAUUUGCGUGAAAUUGAACAAAGUGAUUUUAUCUUUCAGAAUUCAGAUAGGUUUCUUUCAAAUGAUAUGAAUGUUAUUUAUGUUAACGGGCCCCGAUUUGUUUAAAACAAAUUUGCCCAACUUAAUGUUAACGUGACUCUGCUAGUGUUAAUGUUGACUGUGAUAUUACUUUAAUGUUAAUUGGAGGAUCCAUGAUAUUGUGGUCCUAUAGCUAUGAAAUAUGAAUGGAUAUUAUAUUGUUUUCAAAAGAUUUAGGAAUUAUUUCUUUCCGAACACAAACAGUUCACUCAGAAUAUGCUCUGAAUAUUGUGACAGUUACAUGAUGUGUCGGUGGUUUACCCACCAUGUUGCAGAGUCUGACCUGCACACCUUUAACGCAUAGUGCUCCUUUGUGAAGCAACUAACCCGCUGUCACAUUGCCAUGCUGUCACAUUGCCACAGCAUUGUCAGCGGGACAGUGAUAUAAGACCACAACUUUGUAUAGUACUUCUUUUCAAAAUGCAUCACCAUACGAGAUUACGAAGAAAUUACAACUAUUUUAUUUACUUGAGCUGAAUUUCAGAGAGACAUUCAU